GUGUAAUAUCUGGAAAGUGGAACAAAAUUUUGACAUAAAAUUUGUCUGCUCUCUGCUCACUGCUGUCAGCUGUGCAAUCAAAAAUCAGGGGGCGGAAUAAUACUUUUUUGUUAUUAUAUAUCUAAGACCAGGAAAAUAUUGCAACAAUAACACCAGGAUGUCCUCUCCCCCGCCCACUAAGCCCCCUCGGGGGGUUAAACAAGGAAAAGAAACAAGUGGUCUUCUAAUGUCAGUGAUACGAACACUGUCUGCAAGUGAGACAAAUGAACAGCGAGAGAAGGAGAGAGCCAAGCUAGAGAAGGAGUACAAGAAGAGUGAUGCAAGACUUGAUGAGCUUGUCGCUGCACAUGCUCAGGAGAUCAUGGAAGUUAUGCAGAAAUUCAGCGCGGUUGGCGAAUCGCUAGGUGCGUGGGGUCAACACUGCGAGGCAGCAUCAGCGCGGCUGGCGGCGUGCCGCGGCCUCCUGCGCUUGCGCCGCGACGACUUGCGUCGACUGUGGGCCGAUGCACGCACACACCACUAUGCCUUAAAUAUGCUCACUGACAUAGAACGCGUGGUGGUGUCAGAGCGAGAAACUCGCGAAGCGCUGUCGAGCGGCCGCGUGCUCGCUGCUGCGCAUACACUUAAGGCGGCGCUCGACACCGCUGACACCACGCUCUCUCACGUCGAUGCACUCAACGCGACGAGGCAGCACUUGCAGGCAAAAAAACGUGAGCUAGUGGAGAUGGUAGUUCGGCGCGUGAGUGACGCCGUGUACCGCGGUGAGCGCGCGCCUCUCUCGCGCCGCCUCUCCGCGAGACGCCGCACCGCGCUGCUGCUAGCCGAGCUAACCAAGAGUGAAGAACUAACAGAUGCAUACUUACAAGACAUAACUCCAGAGUAUGAGGCUUCAUUGUCGGAAGAAGAUAAAACUUUUGAAACAACAGUGAUGAUAUCUCUUGAAGCACUUGGUGUGCUAGAACAGCUGAAAGAGGCUACUGAGAAAUUCAAAGUUAACAUACAACAUGAACUACUUGAAGUAAUUGACUCAGUGUCGCGUAGAAUCAUAGAGGAGGGCGAUGUGGAGCCCGACCCCGAGUGCGAAGAGGAUGGCGAGAUACAAGACAAUGAAGGAGUGACAGAGACGGGACGACCGCUGGCACGCCUCGUCACCAGUCUAGGAGAGGAAUUCAGAGCUUGUGCAGCACGAAAUAAGAGACUCCUGCAAUUGUGGAAAGCUGCGUUACAGAAAAAUCGCGUGUCCGACACAUGCCUUCACACGGAGCAGCACUAUUGGAGCGCCGUCCAGCAAGUUAUGCAGCUGUUAUUAACAGAAUAUUUGGAAAUUGAAAGCGUUCCAUUGUCAGCUCAGAGGUCUAAUACAGUGCCUGAAGGCACGGGCCCUGCGCUUCGUCUCACCGACUAUUUCGCAAAGAAACGACCGCAAAGACAACAUGGAAAACUGUUUAGAUUUUCUGCAUGCGGUCCUGUGACGACGACAUCGACCCGAAGACACGCGCAUCCGCUCGUGUGCACCCCGCACGCGAGUCAUCUGCACGCCGUGCUGCCGCUCCUACACUCGCUUUGCCAACACAUCGAGUCGAUUACUGGGGGUGGCGAAUGUUCGCUGCGUGCGUUUAUAACAGACUACGUGCGCACCGGCGAGAGCGAACGGCUCGCCAGCGCCGCGCGCGCCGCCAUAGACGACGCCAUGCGGGCCGCCGGCGCGUGGCGCGAGCGGGGACCGCCGCCACCCACCAAUAUUAAAUCCGGUGAGCGUCACCGCGUGAUAUUCACGUGUUGCGGUGCGUCGUGGCGCGCGAUCAAUGCGGCGGUGCGUGGCGCGCGCCGCCCGCUGGCUCGCCGACGACGACAUCGUGCGCUUCCUGCGCUCGCUGCACAACUACCGCGCCGUAGACAUCGCGCCCAAGGAUGACAAGGAUGCGCAUGAGUUAAAGCAAGCAUACGAACGCGAAGCAGAGAUAUUGGGCUCGAGCUUGGGUGACGGAGCUAUCGCACGCAAAGAAAUUGUCGCAGAUAUAAACACGUUAGCUGACCUAGCGGUCAUGUGUGAAACUAUGGAUUGGCUCAGUGCGAACAUAAGGAGUAUUCCGUCAAUGCUGUCUGGUGCAGUAAAAUUGUCCGAGAAGUUCAUCAAUGACAUAUCUGGCGCGGCGUCUGUCUUCG